AUAAUCUCUCUGUUUUCACCCUGUUUCUUACUCGUAACGGGAUAAGAAACAAAAUUAGGGUUUCCUAGUCUGGCUGGUUGAGAACAAGCUCGCUCUCGUUGAUGGUUCUAUAAUUUCACGCAACGUCUUGUUUGAUCUCCGAUCACCUUCAGGAUACGUUCUUCUUCUCGUUUCUGAAUUGAUCGGAGGAAAAACAGAGUUUGUCUUACAGGAGUUUAUAUCUGCAGUCCCUAUCCGUUAGAUUCAGUGUAUUAGGAUUAUAGAUUAUUGUUUUGCAUGGAAGAGAUCUGGGAGAGAGCCGUGAAAACGGCAUUAGUCGGCGAAACCGAGCCUCUGGCUGCUCGGAUUCUUACUCUUGACGGUGCCGUCAAGUGCUUCCAAGGCCAUCUUCCUCGGCCGGAAAUUCUCGAGAGAUUUCAGAACCUGGAGCACUUAUCUAUAGCUAGUAUCGGCGUUUCUUCGCUUGAUCAGUUCCCGCGGCUUGGAAAACUCCAGAAGCUUGUCCUCUCUGACAAUAGAAUCGCUGGUGGCCUUGAGUUUCUAGUCCAGGCGGGUUUGGAUUUGCUCCGUGACCUUGAUUUGUCUAAUAAUCGGAUACAUUUGAUAGAGGAUUUGGUGCCUUUAGCUCAGUUGAAACUUGUGUCGCUUGAUCUGUAUGAAUGCCCUGUGACGCGGAUGAAGGAUUAUCGAUCUAGGGUUUUUGGGUUGGUUAAAUCGUUGAAGUAUUUGGAUAAGAUGGAUGCUGAGGAGAAUGAGAGACCAGAGUCGGAGGAUGAGGACGAUGAUGAAGAGGAAGACGAGGAUGGGGACGAAGAUGAUCCCGAGAGUUGUGAGAUUGAUGGUGAGGAGAGGCCAAAUGUGAUGAGCAAUGGGGACAGUAAAAGGCUUGAAGGGGUUGUGGAGGUUGAUGAAGAAGAGAGCGAAGCUGAUGAGGAAGAGACAGAGACGGGAAGACAAUCAAAUGGGGUGAGUGACCAUGCCAAUGGGUUACCAGAUGAACAUAAGAAUGUGGACGAAGAAGAAAUUGAUGACAGCGAUGAAGAUGGGAAAGAUGAAAAUGACGACGAUGGUUUUCUUGUUGGUUAUAGUCAUGAUGAGGAAGAUGUGGGCGAGAGUGACGAAGAGGUGGAUAACGAUGAGGGACAUCUUAGGGUGCCACUUGAUGGGCAUGAGGAAGUGGCAGAGGAGGGAAGAGAACCAAAUUGGAUGAUUGAUUUUGUUGCUAAUGGAUCUCAAAAUGUGUUUCUGAAUGUGGACGAUGAAGAUGACAGUGAUGAAGAAGAGGGGAGAGAUGAAUAUGAUGACGAUGGUUUUCUUGUAGAUUAUAGUUGGGAUAAUGAUGAGGAAGAUGUGGGCGAUGGCGAAGAAGAGGUAGAUCUUGGUGUGCCACAUAGGAAAGAGUUGCUGAGGAACAUCAUAAUUGGGGAGAUUGAUGGGGACGAGCUGGACGAGGAGUAUAUUGGUGAGAGCCGGGAAGAAGAAGAAGAAGAAGGCGUUAAGGAUGAUGAAGAAGAGGAUGAAGAAUAUGAAGCAGAGCACCUAGCUCAACCUGUGAUGGAAGCAAUUGAAGUAGAUGAGGAAGUUGAAGGCGAAGAAGAAUAUGAGGACGAUGAAGUUCAGGUUUUUUAUUCAAUUGCAUCAUCUAAUAACCUUAAGAGGAAGAGAGACGAGGAUGAUGAUGGAGAUUCUGGUUCCAGUUCUUCGGACAACAAUGAUGAUGAUGGUUCAAGUGAUGAUGAUAAAUGAGUAGGAGAGGACUCUGAAGAGAGUUUGAUAACUAGGAACUUUGAUUAGGACUAGGAAUAUAAUAGGAAUAGGAGGAGGUACUUCAAAAAAGACGGGUUUAAAGAAAAAAGGUGUGAAUUUUGGCGCUAAUGUUCUUCGUGAGGAAAGACGUUGGUAUUUUAAAUGGCAGUUAAGGAGUCUGUUUUUUUUGCCGCCCCAACACUCUUUACCUAACUUGAAAGGGCAAAUUGAGGAAUGAAUGUUUAUGGUUUUCUUA